AUGGAAAAUUUCUAUAUUUUCUUGACGAUAUUUUUUACACUCGUAAUUGUUGAUAAUAAUUAUAAAUCAGAAGCGUCACAUUUGAGUAAACCAUAUUUGAUACAUGACAUACAUCGAAAGGAAGUAUUGUUUAACAAAAAUAAUCACCUCGUCGAUAUAAAGUGUCACCAUUUAAAUAAUUUAAUACCAACUAAUGGUCUGGUGGAGAAAAAAUUUAAAUUAACAGUCCAUGGAAAUAUUGUGAAUUUCAAGAGGAUACCAUUUAAGAAUCAUUGUAAUGGAAGUAUAGUGAUUGUUGAGAUAUUUGCCACGGAAAAAAUAAUAAUCGACAGAAAUUUCAAUGCUCGUGGUAAAAGUAUUGUAUUUAUUGUUGCCGCACCAUUAUGGCAUGUUAUUGGUAGACGAAUCAUUAAUUUAAAUGGUUAUAAUGGAAGAAGACAAAAAUUAUUAAAUGCCCACAAUGGUGAUGUGAGGAAAAAUAUAAAUGGUCGUAGUGGAAAAGAAGGAUUUCCAGGGGGACCCGGUGGACAAUUUCAGGGUAUUGCGGGUUUUAUAAUUAAUAAGGAAAAUCUUGUUGUUCGUUAUAAUGGCGGUCGUGGUGGUAAUGGACAAAAUGGUGGACACGGCGCUAGAGGACAAAGUGGAACGGAAUUCAAUUUGAAUGUUAGUAGAAUUCAGGCAAAUGGCUUUGUUCCUGGUUUCAAAGUUACCGUUAAGAAUGUCGAGAGAAUUUAUAAUUAUAAGAAUGAUAAUGAGACGGCUAUUUCUUAUUAUAUCGAUGAGGACGUUAUUGGUAGAAGAGCAAGGAUUGGGGGUAAUGGCGGUAAUGGCGCUCCUGGUGGAAUAGGCGGUUAUCCAGGUUACUACUCUCUGUUUGAUUUGAAUAAUUCCACGUGUACCGAUAGAGAUGUGAUAAGAUUUGUCGAGAAUCGUCUGGGAAUUCGUGGUGCUAAUGGAAUUGAUGGUCUUGGUGGACACAGUGGACCGAAUGGAACGCCUGGUAAAGACGUGUCUUUGUAUUUACUGGUUAAUGAUGCAAAGAAAAUUGAAAUUUUAAAGUACACAGUAUUCGAGCAUGAUAAUUAUAAAAAAGGUAGACAUGGAAUUGACGGUAAAUACAUUAUUGGAAAACUACAACCUGUACGACAAAUGUCAUAUCAAGUAUUCGACACCACUGAAAGUUUAUUUAAAACUUAUCUAAAGUCACAUAUCAACGAUACAAAUGUUAGCGCAGAUUCAUGGUAUCACAUAAUGCAGACUGCAAUUCUUAGAUGUUCGUUUUAUCAGAAUAGUAGAACCAACAUUGGGAUACUUUAA